GAGUGUCCUGGCCCUGUGUCCAUGCUGGGGCGCCUUUCCAUCUGCGAGUGGACAGACAGCUGCCCUCAGGCAGCCACAAAGUUUCUUUGCCCGAUGGGGGCCUGGGGCCCUGCCAGCUUGGAUGAGUGGCACUCUGCAGCUGUAGCCGUGGCUCUUUGCCUGGUUUACCUGCCCCACUGUGGCUCUUCCUGGACAGCGGGCCCAGGGAGGGGUGACCCCAGGGAAGCAGAGGAGACCCUGCACUGGGGGACGGCUGGGCAUCUCUGGACCAGGCUCAGUGACCAGAGCACACCUUUCCCUGGGCUCCCUGGUGUGGGGAGGGGGCUGAGGGAGGAGUGCCCACAGUCUGUCUGGGGCCUGGGGCCCUCCCUGAGGCCACGGGGGGGGGGGGUCACGGGCUGUCUUGUCCCCAUCCAGUGACAUCUGUCACCUGGGCUGGGGCUGGGGGCGUUGCACAGGAUAUCCCACUGAUCACUCCUACUCCCUGCGUGGGCUGUGGUUUUGCAGUGCCCCCACGCCCUUCCCAAUGACCUUGGGCUUGGCCACAUGGCUCUGCUGGUCAGUGAGAUGGGAGGGGCUGGGUUGCAAUGAGGGUGGGGGGUGCGUGAGGUGUGCCCUGGCCUCCUGGGGUCCUCCUGGAAGAGAUCCUGCUGGGGCCCAGGACAAACCCCCUGCCCGAAGCAGCAGGGUGGGCAGACAGCCCCUAGGGCCCAUGAGUUCUAGCACAGCCCUUGCUGGGGAGCUGCCGAGUUUCAGGGGCUGAGUUUCACACAUCGGCAAGUUGGAAGUGGAGGGCUAUAUUGUCUGUGUUUCUUCUGCCUUUUUCGCUUCACCCCUCCGCCCCCUUGGUGGAAAUGACAUACUGGGUGCUUGGCUCCCGCUCCCCCACGUGAUGCGUCCUCCUGGAGCCCCGUGGACGGUGGACACUGGCCUCAUCCUCCCCACCCACUUUAGUCCAGGGCUGUCCUGGGGGUGAGACUCCCUGCCCUCUGAGCUGCAGCCCCUGGGAGCUCCUGUGUGACCGCUGAGCAUGGUGGGGAGGUACUCCCGCGGGCACCAGGGAGCGUGGGAGUGUCCUGAGCCCGGCCCCCGCCCACGGCACCCCUCUCCUCCUCCAGGCCCCCGGCCCACCCACGUUAUUUCUGUCCUGUCGCACCCACCAUGCCAGCCACCGGCCAGGGCAGGGAGGCCGCUGGCCAGCCCGGACCAAUCUGGGGACCAGGACUCAGUCCCCAGAUUGUGUCUGGGGACCAGUCACAGAAAGGGGGCCGUGUGGGAAGGUGGGUCACGGGCCUGGCUCCGAUGCCCAGCCCCUCCUCCGCUGGCCAGCAAGCCACGGAGCGCCACCUCGUGUGCUGUUAUGGGGGUUUUGUCCUGUCCUUACGGACUUAACACUCGGUUGAGCACUGCAGACGUUUCCCCUGGUCUGUUUGUCUUUGAAGCUUAUUUAUUUACUUCCUGGAUAAAGAGACAAAUCUGCAUGCGGUAAAAUCCAGUAUUUCUAUCUUGCAUUCCAAGGUCCCCGUUCUGAAGUUGUUUUCAUCCCAAGACGUAAAAGCUAGUUAGACUUUCUCCUGGUAUAAAGCAAGCUUUGAAGGAGUAGAAGGAGGAGAACAGGUCUUGAAUUUGGUCCCCUGUUUCCCAGAUCCAUCCUGAGGGUUCGCGGACCCUCAGCCUUCACCUCGUCCACUUCAUCCUCACCUCUGGGUCCAGAGGCCCUUGAAGGUGCCUGUGGCUCCCUGGCGACCCGGGGCCGAGGGACCCCUGGGCAUGGGGCCGGGUGAGCAGGUGGGAGCCCUGGGGGGCUGGCCUGGCGGGGAGGCCCACGGAAGGAGCCCUACGCUCCCUGCGCCAGCUGAGCCCCAGGGAAAGUCCGGUUCUUUCUGAGAACUGAAGCUUAAGCUCUCCCGACUUGGGCUGCAGGGCGUGGCCUCGCACCUGAGCCAGGUCAGCUCCCGUGGGAGUCAAGUUCAUACUCUGCACGUACCGCACCCUGCCGGGUGCCUGUGCCCAGGGGCUAAGGGCUGGCCUCCCUCCGCCUGGACCGCCACCUGCCCACCGCCAUUGCGUGGGCCCCAGCCAGCAUGCUGUCCCCACCAGGUGGCAUGCAGAGGUGCUUCCAGGCCAUUCUCCUUCUGGCCCUGAUCGUGUUCCUGCUGGCUGGCUUCCUGCACAGGGACAUCAGGCUGUUCGAACCCCUGCUCGGGGGCCAGGCCGAGGGGCCACCCAUUAUCAAUGUCAUGUUCCUCAAGACGCACAAGACCGCCAGCAGCACGGUACUCAACAUCCUCUUCCGCUUUGCGGAGAUGCACAACCUGUCGGUGGCGCUACCCGCCGGCUCUCGCUUUCACCUGGGCUACCCCUGGCUCUUCCUGGCGCGCUACGUGGAGGGCCUGGAGUCCCCCGGCCCGCAGCGGCAUUUCAACAUCAUGUGCAACCACCUGAGGUUCAACCUGCCGGAGGUGCAGAAGGUCAUGCCCGACGACACUUUCUACUUCUCCAUCCUCAGAAACCCCGUCUUCCAGCUGGAGUCCGCCUUCGCCUACUACAGGAAAGACGUGCCCGCCUUCCGGGCGGCGGGCAGCCUGGACGCCUUCCUGGCCGCCCCGCGCACCUACUACCACCGCGGCGCGGGCCUGCGCAACGCCCCCGCCCGGAACGGCAUGUGGUUCGACCUGGGCUUUGACAACGACGCGCCGGACGACGAGGCGUACGUGCGCGCGCGCCUCGCCGACGUGGAGCGGCGCUUCCAGCUGGUCCUCAUCGCCGAGCACUUGGACGAGUCUCUGGUGCUGCUGCGCCACCUGCUGCGCUGGCGGCUGGACGACGUGGUGGCCUUCCCGCUCAACUCGCGCAGCCCGCGCAGCGUCGCCGGCCUGUCGCCCGAGGCCCGCGCGCGCGCCCGGCGCUGGUGCGCCCUCGACUGGCGCCUCUACGAACACUUCAACCGCACCCUGUGGGCCCGCGUGCGCGCCGAGCUGGGCCCGCGGCGCCUGCGCUCCGAGCUGGCCCGGCUGCGGGCGCGGCGGCGGGAGCUGGCGGCGCGGUGCCUGCAGGACGGCGAGGCCAAGAACGGGUCGCAGAUCACCGACCGCCGGCUGCGCCCCUACCAGUCGGGCGUGGCCGACAUCAUGGGCUACAACCUCCGGCGGGGCCUGGACAACCAGACGCGGCAGAUGUGCCUGAGGAUGGUGACUCCCGAGCUCCAGUACAUGGCCCACCUGUACGCCCGCCAGUUCCCGGGGAAGCCCCCCAAGAACAUCCCCUUCCUGGAGGAAUAGAGGGACGGGGUCGGGCCCCCCGUGUGACUGCAGCCCCCUCCUGUCAUGGCGGGGAGGCCGUGGCCCCAGUUCAUGCGGGGGCGGGGGGGGGGGAGCUCCCGCAGCAGCCCCUCUUUAGGGUGAAGACCCCUGUGAAGGCGCCCACCCGGGAUCCAUCCUCUUGGAGGGGCCUUUUCGGUGAGGGCCCCGAUCUUGGACAGUAGGGACACCUGGUCUGAGGGCAUGAACCUGUUCAACAGAAUACGCUCACGUGUUUAAUUAGACGUCAGUACACCGUCCCACGAAGGAACACACACGGACACGCGGCCCAUCAGAGCGCAUGCCAGCACUGCCGGUGGAAGGAACCACUGGACACGUGAACCGUCAGAAGAAUUGGAACUCAGAGAACCCAGAGGGGCUUGGGCAGCAGGGCCAUGGGUCCCCGAGGGAGCCCAGAGUGGCUCCCUGAACUUGCCGGUCACAGAGACACUUGUGCUGCACCCACAGGCGGCACUUGGAUAACAGGCCCAGGAAACUGGUAUGAGGCAGCGAGUCUGGAAUGUUCAGCUUCCCAUCUCUUUGGCUGUAUGAAGUUUCUUUCCAGCUGAAGAAUGGCUUUAGGUUGAGAAAUGUUUAUAAGACGCAUGGUUUGGCCGGAGCACAAGCGGGGGGGGGGGGGGGUUAGUCCUGCAGCUCCCUGUUGGGACAGCCCCCCGGAGUGUCUGCCGGAGGAGCCCCCGCGGCUGGUGGCACCCUCCCUUGUGCCGGAGACCCCCUCGGAUGCAGCGCCAGAGGGGGGUGGCUUCCAGGCACCCCUGUUUGCCACCCGUGGGGAGGGACUGAGGACCCCCUGCCUAGCAGGACAGGAUCCCUGGCUGCCCCGGGGCCCAGUGCUUAGGGUGGGUGCACACUGGAACCGGAUGCCCCGUGUCCCGAGAGAAGCAGGGUGCCUGGGGCAGCCAAGAACCAGAACUGCUCUCACACGCUCAGCCUGGCCUGUCUGCCGGGUGCCCGGGGUCUUCUUCCUUCCACGCCAGGGUCCUCGGCCCGAAGUCCCCAGUUGCCUGGCCGGGAGUUGGGGGGGGGGGGCAACCUGGGGAGGGGGCGUGGCCACACUUUUCAGGGGGUCAGCAUUUCGCAGAGACACCCAGCCAUCAGAACAGGCAGCAUCUACCUUGGACAUCAGUUUAAUGGGAAAUUUAAGAAUAAUGAAACUUCAGUGAGAUUAGAGGACAUAGUGCAGAGAUUUUUGAGAGUAAAACAGGAUAUCAGAAACUGAAAACCUGACUUCCCCGAAACUGCACAGAGACAGUAAAGACCAGAACGGACACUGCAGAGAGCCAGGGGCAGUGGGGACCGUGGAGGGACGUCCUGGGGAAUGGAAGGGAGACCAGAUGCAGGCUAAGCAGCACGUGGGUAACAGAGCCCCAGAAGGAGAGUGAGGGAUUUAUAGGUAAGAAACUAUAGCCACGCAAAGAAACGAAAUAUUACCCCCAUUUGAAGACAGACUCAAAUUGGGUGCCCUGGGCGUCAGGCAGUCUCCACCAGUUAGCUUGGGCCAGCGUGCCCGUCCAGGGUGAGGACAGAUGUGCCUCGUCUUGUCCCCAGUGCCAGG